AGAAAUUGUUGAGAUUCCGUACGGUGGAAUUGUUUGUAGGACACCAGGAGAAAAGGAGUUCUCAAAAUGCACCCAAACCCACCCAUGGACGCACCAGCAGGCAAAUCCGGCGGCGGCGGCACACUCCUCGGCCGGCUAAUAAGCGUAGACGCCACCCUCUCCCAUCACCUCCACACCAUAACCCGGCCGCUCCUCCCCUACUCCCUCCUCCUCCUCCUCGAGCUCUCCGCCGACUUCCGCCUCUUCUUCCCGAUCUCCCUUUCCCUCCUCCUCAGCCCCACUCUGCUCCGCCCCUUCCUCCCCCCACUCCUCCUCGGCCUCCUUCUCGACCUCGCUUUCGUCGGCCUCGUCAAGCUUUUCUUCCGCCGUCCGCGCCCUCCCCACAACAACGCCUCCACCAUGAACGUCGCCGUAUCCGUCGACCACUUCUCCUUCCCCAGCGGCCACGCCUCCCGCGUCUUCUUCGUCGCCUCCCUCGCCCACCUCUCCGCCGCUGCUAUAUCGGAUCAUGAGGCCGUGAAUUAUGCUCUCUUUCUUGUUUGGGUCUGGGCGGUGCUGACCUCCGUCUCCAGGGUUUUUCUCGGCCGCCACUUCCUUUCCGAUGUCUUCGCCGGGGCGUGUUUGGGUGUUCUCGAAGCUCUCUUUGCUUUCCACUUCCUUAGGUUUUAGCGUUUCAGUCUUAGGGGGCUACAAGUAUUUUAGCGUUAGCAGAAGUGGUUUAGGAUCAGUAGAUUGAUCACGAUUUUGAAAAGCUUGAGGUUUACGGGCAAAAACGGGUUCAACUCCAAUAUUUCUGAUUGCAGGAAAUUUCUGGGCAGCAUCGAAAUUGGGAUUUUGAGGCAGGCAUUCGGGGGUUGAUUGGUGCCAAAAGUUAAAAAAAUAUCAUUGGCGUUUUAUGGUUUCUAAAGGUGUAGGGAAAAGGGUUGUGUUUUGGGGUUUAUGUUUGGCUGGAAGAAACUGAAACUUGGCUCUGGGCGGUUGUCAAGAUCAGUAACAAAUCUGACCUUUUGAAAUUAUAUGUGCAACUUGAUAUAUGGAUGGAUGGAUUUUGGUUUCUAAGGAAGAUUUGAAGUAGGGUGCAGAAAUGAGUGGAGAAUUACAUCUGGUUGUUGGUUAUAAUUGGUUGUAGAGGUUUAGGAAUGGGAAGAUACCUUUCAUAAGCUAAAACACUUAAAUUUCAAAACUUUAUUAAUCCAACUCCAAUAAUCUUUGAGAAGUACCCAGAUUUUUUUAGGCUUUUGCGUUUUGUUAAUCAGUGUGUCAUGAGCAAGUGUAAUGAAAGAGACAUUGAGCUGUCUUUUGUUAAAUUGUUCGGUGCUUUGGGCUUUGUUUUGGUUUUUUUCUUUCUUUGGAUUGCGCAUGGAUUCUUUCUUAAUCAGUUCAUAACUGUAUUCAUGGCCUGUAUUUUGGAAUAAGAAAAUUCAAAAGCUUUGUUGUGUCAUCCAA